UCCAUGGUCUUAUACUUCAGCGGGAGCCGGUGGUGCGUGUGUUCAGUGCCGUGACGGGGGAGACCCUCUCAGUCUCGGGCACUGUGUUUCUCCUGAGUACGUCUGUGGCCAGGCUCAUGACCCUGGUGUCCCAGCAGUGUGGGCUUCCCGUCAGCUCCUUCAGACUGAGCUCUCCCACCGGCCUGCAACUCUACGACUGCAACCGGCUGCACGACUACGCCAUUGACCUGGGGGCUACUCUACGGUUGGACACCUGGGAUGGGUGGGCGGAGUUCCUCAGAGGCUGCUUCCUGGGACACAGACUGACCGUCCAACGACACCUAUCUAGGGAGAGACCUGUGAUGAGGUUCCAGCUCCGGGUGGCACUCUACAUCGCUGCUUCUCUGGGCCACCUGGACCUGGCCGGCUGGCUGCUGGAGAGGGGGGUGCGUGUCAUUGAACCGGUGGGGGUUCACCCUUACCGUGAGUGGUGCCACCAGACGGCCCACCCCGACGUCGCCAAGUGUCCCGCUGUCGCCUCCAUCGAGCGCGGCCAGCUCACCAUCCUCAAACUCUUUAUCGCCAGCAGCAUUCUGACCCUUGCCUGUCGGGAUCCCCAGGGUCGUGACCCCCUGAGGAUCGCCCUUCAGUACGGCCACAGGGAGUGUGUGCGUCACCUGGCCACCAAGCUGUGCUCUGUGGUGGUCCUCCCAGGUAUGGCCCUGCCCAUGCGGACAUACCUCCAGAUAAAGGGCUGGGUGAGGCUGGGGCAGAGGAGGGCAGCAUCCAGGCACUGCAUGGGCCUCAACAGGGCUCCGUUCAGGACCAGGGUGGGCGACACGGUCCUGGUGGACGGCUUCACCCUCCCCAAGAUGUCCUCCAAGCCCAGGAGGAGUGAGGCCAAGGCGGGUAUCAGGGUGAUGUCCACAGCCUCUCGACGUUUGACCCCCAUCAACUGCCCAUCUCAUGUAUCCUGCCCGCUCCGCUCCCUGGCAUCCCAGGAUAAACCUCUUCAACUACCGAAGCUACACCCUGUGGCCACGAGGGAUGAAAGAGAGAAGAAGAGGGGAUGUGGAGGGAAGGGAUGUGAGGAGGAUGAGAGUGGGGAUCAGAACAGCAACCAAUGGAGGAGCAGAGUCCCGCUCCCGCCCAUUUCCAGAGACACCAAUCUCAGACCUGUGUUUGCCUCACCAAACUCCGCCCAGAUCCUCACCACCUCACUGGAGGCCUUUUCUCUCCACUGCGACCGCACACCCAGAGAAAACGCCAUAUACUGUUUGGCCUUGGCCAGUGCCUUCACACAGAGACCAUGGUUGCAGCAGCUGAAUGUAGCGCGGACUCUGGCCAGGAGGAGUGCUCAGCACAUUGGGUAGACACCAGGAUCCUGGUCAUUAGGCAGAUUAAACAUACUGAAACAAGGAGGGACAACCUGGAAUUGUCCAAAAAGGAACUCUUAUUUGAGUUUUUAUUUUUUACAGUGAACAAGAUGAGACUUUGGAACGGAUGAUGCCUGAAACAAUGCGGACGACUUAGAAUUACGUUCCUUUGGAUGAGGCUUAUAGAUAUAGUCAGUACUGUGUUUGAUUUGUGUGCAGAAAGUUUACAAAGGCAGGCAGUGGAUUCUCAGUCAUUCCUAUUCUCAAGUAACAAAAAACGUAUCAUAUUUCACUGGCUAUUUGUAGUAGCCAAAUGUGAAUGGAAUUAUUAUUAUUCUAGAAUCAUUCAGUUGACUGAAUGUGACUAUGUGGUUGUGCUGUAUGUGAUUGUACUGAAUGUGACUAUGUGGUUGUGCUGUAUGUGAUUGUACUGAAUGUGACUAUGUGGUUGUGCUGUAUGUGAUUGUACUGAAUGUGGUUGUACUGUACGUGAUUGUAAGUGUUUGACAUGGGUCUAAUUGAGGCUCCAACCCCCCCCCCCCC